AUGCAGCUCCUCACCACCCUCCUCCUCCUCCCCCUAUCCACCGCCUCCAUCUCAUACGACUUCUUCCCCUCCUUCCCCAAGAAAUGGGGAAUAACUGACAAACAAAUCUGGAUCAGCCCCGACAUCAGCAACGUAUACAUCUCACCCACAGACCAACGCGAGCACUGGUCUCUCGACCACCCCCCCUGGGAAACAGUCGAGCUCCUCAACACGCACUGCCCCCUCCGAUCCUGCAACACAACCCUAAGUAUUCCCAGUGCCGUCCUCACCCGCGACAAUUCCCCCCCGGUAAUACAAAACGUCAGCGUCAAACUAAACGGGUACUUUGAAGCGGAGGGCUACAGAGGCACAAAGCGGCACUUCAUCGAUGUGCUCAAGGUAUUUCUGAGAAUCACCCACGAGCCACUGGACACGGAAUUCGUAGAGUAUAAAAAUGGGGAUGCUACAACUGGAAAUGUAACCGACUCAGGGUACAGGGCUGUGUAUACGGCGCCGAAAGCGAUACAGAUGCGUAUUAAUAACGAGCAUGAUGAUGAUGUUAUUAUGCCGUUUUUGAGAAUUCAGGUCGAUAGUGGGAUUAGGAGGCGUCUUCCUAUGCCGGAUGGAUUUUGUGGCCUGUUCAAGGCUCGGAGGCAGAAGUUGUUGGAGGCUAUGGCGCAUAAGUUUGGUAAGGAUUUGGUCAUGUAUAGGAUGGGGUGUAUUGUGGCCGGGUUGUAG